AUGUCCGAAUACUUGAAAUUUAAUUCUGUUCCCUCUGGAGAACACGAAGGAAAAAAACAUAUAAUCAUUGUGGGCGCUGGUAUUAUUGGAGUAUGUACAGCUUAUUAUAUUGUCAAGCAUAAGAAAUUUGAUCCAAGUAAAUACCACAUAACUAUAGUUGAGAGUAAGAGAGUUGCAGGUGGAGCUAGUGGUAAAGCAGGGGGAUUAUUGGCAUUGUGGGCAUUUCCGCAACAGAUCGUACCAUUGUCUUUUCACUUACAUCAGGAAUUAAGUGAUUUGUAUAAUGGGAGUGAAGAAUGGGGAUAUAGAAGAUUAACCACAGUAUCAUUGGAAGGGGAUAUAACAAAAUUACCGGAAGACAACAAUGCCGCAGAUAACCAAGAUGGCGAGCUGACUGUUUCAGCGGCGAUUAAUAGUAAAACAAAAAAGAAUUCGUUAAACUCUUCGAGUUCGAGGUCGAAAUCCAAGUUACCCAAGGACUUAAAUUGGAUAAAUGAUCAAAUUAUUGAUAGCUGCUCAAUGUUGGGCGAUACUGAUACCACGGCACAAGUCCACCCAUACAAGUUCACUUCAUUUAUAUUGAAGAAAGCGGCAGAGGAGAGUAAAGGAAGCCUUGAGUUAAUUCUUGGCAAAGUGAGCGAAAUUACAUAUUCAAUGGAAACUGGCGUGGCAACUGGGAUUAAAUAUAAGCCAACAAGUCUUAAAUCAAAUGAGGAUAAGAUAGUAUCAUUAACAGGGGAUCAAAUUGUGCUAUCUGUGGGUCCAUGGACGUCGAAGAUAUUACCUGACUGUCCAAUCUCGGGAUUGAGAGCUCAUUCGAUCACAAUAUCACCCUAUGAGGACCAACCUGUUUCACCAUUUGCCAUAUUCACAGAACUUAAAACCGGUCCUAGAUCAUACAUAUCACCCGAAAUUUAUGCUAGACAAGACGAAGUAUACGUUUGCGGGGAAGGUGAUUCUGCUGUCGAUGUCCCCGAGACAACUGACGAUGUUGAGGUCGUCAAAUCUAAAUGUGAUGAAUUAUUCAAACAAGUUAGUAAAAUUUCCCCAAAUUUAAGCAAGGGUCAUAUUUUGAAAAAACAGGCUUGCUAUUUACCAGUUUUAGAUGUUCCAUCAUCAAGUGGCCCAUUAAUCGGAGAAACCAACGUCGAAAGAUUAUACUUGGCAUCGGGACAUUCAUGCUGGGGUAUCAAUAAUGCUCCAGGCACAGGAAAAAUCAUGAGCGAGAUUUUAUUGGACGGCAAGGCACAAUCAGCUAAUAUAUCUGGUUUAAAUCCUUCUCUUUAUUUCGAUGCCAGUGUCUUCGUUAGCGACGAUGAGAAUAAUGACGAUAAUGAAAGCGAUGAAUUGGAUGAAGAGGAUGAGACAUCUAAUGAUUAG